AUGAUAAAAAUAUUAAAUUUUUUGGUAUGUUUUCUAUUAAUAGAUUUUCUCAAUACAAUAGUAUGUACUGGUGCAGGACAAAAUGAGAUUACGGCUAUGAAUAUUCAGAGAACAAAACAUAAAAAUAGAAUGGUAGCAAAAGGAUUAAUUUCAGGAAUGGACGAUUAUUAUGAUGAAAGUGAACAAGAAAGUGAAUCAUUUAAUUUUUUUGAUAAAGAAAAAAAUGACUUUGAAAAAGAACUCAACUCUAAACAAUUAAGUGUUAGUAAAGAUGCUAUUUUUGAACAAGGAGAAACAAGAGAUUUUCUUCAAUUUUUAAAACGUAUAAAAUAUGAUCAUCGUCAAUGUCCAUAUAAUGAAGGUGAACCAGUGUUUGUAGAUGUAUCAGUUGUCGUCUCAAAUAUAAGAGCUGUUUCAGAAGUUACAAUGGAUUAUGCAUUAGAAUUAUUUUAUAGAGAAGCAUGGUUUGAUAAAAGAUUAGAUUUUGAUAAAAAUAUUUUUAAUAAUAAAACAGAAUUAGCAUUACAUGAAAGUUAUACUAAUUUUUUAUGGCAUCCAGAUACAUUUAUGCCUAAUGCAAUUGCAUCAAAAAAUCCACAAAAACAAUCAAUAUCACAUAGAUCAUUACUAAGAUUGAAUGAAAAAGGACAAGUAUUAUACAGUAGAAGAAUAUCAAUUGUUGCUGAAUGCCCUAUGGAUCUUACUUUAUUUCCAUUUGAUUCACAAAUAUGCAAAUUGGGAAUUGAAAGUUAUGGAUAUACAGCAGACCAAGUGAGAUAUAGAUGGUCAACUGGACAAAGAGAAGCAUUAAAAUUGGCAAAAAUAAGACUUCCGGAUUUUCAAAUAAAAGAAGCAUAUGUGACAAGUCAAUUAGAAAGUUAUGCUACGGGUGAUUAUAGUAGAUUGUAUGUUUGUUUUAUAUUUACACGCUCAUCUGGAUUUUGUUUCCUUCAACUUAUUAUUCCAUCAACUGCUGUUGUAAUUACAUCAUGGGUUUCUUUAUGGAUGGAAAGUGAAACAGAAUUUCAGGAUAUGAUAUCGAUUAUAUUAGCAAUAACUUUUUUAAUAUUUUCAUAUAAUGAAAUGAUGCCAAGAGUUAGUUAUAUUAAAGCAAUGGAUGUCUAUUUGGGUGUGUGUUUUAUGAUUGUCUUUCUUUCUUUAAUAAAAUUAGCUUUUGUUAAAUAUUUACGUCAAAAGUUGGAAAAAAAGCAUACAAAAUCAGUUCUUCAUAAUAUGUUACCAUUUGUACAAAAAAAUAGUAUUGAAAAUAGAGUGAUAGAAAAUCAUUUAGGUAAUAAUUCUGAAUCAUCACGUAAUGAAUCUGUUAAUUAUCAAACUAUAACAAUGCCAAUAUCAAUUAAUAGUAAUGUAAAUCAAGUUGAUACAUAUGUUGAAUUUUUUGGUAAUAGAAAUCGGUAUAAAUAUUUUGGAAGAUUUAUUCCAAAAUUUACAUUUAAUGAAAGAUCUGUUAAAAGAUUUCAUUUUGUAUCACAAAUGGUUUUUUUUGCUGGAUUUGUUUUGUUUUGCCUUUUUUAUUUUCUUAUUUAUCCAAAUUUACACAAUACAGCAAUAGAUCCAGCUUGUUUAAAAGAACACGCAGAAUGGUAUGCCGAUAUAUCGUAA